CAUUGGUGAAUCGCCUCAAAAACAAAAACAUCAAUGGCUUCUCGCCGGCGAGUGCUUCUCAAGGUUAUUAUUCUCGGAGACAGUGGGGUUGGGAAGACCUCCUUGAUGAAUCAGUUUGUGAAUCGAAAAUUUAGUAAUCAGUAUAAAGCUACCAUUGGUGCUGAUUUCUUGACCAAAGAGGUCCAAAUUGAUGACCGAAUCUUCACUUUGCAGAUUUGGGAUACUGCUGGGCAAGAGAGGUUUCAAAGUUUGGGGGUUGCUUUCUACCGAGGAGCCGAUUGUUGUGUUCUUGUGAAUGAUGUCAAUGUCAUGAAAUCCUUUGAAAAUCUUAACAACUGGAGGGAAGAGUUCUUGAUCCAGGCUAGUCCUUCAGAUCCUGAAAACUUCCCGUUUGUUGUAUUGGGGAACAAGACAGAUGUUGACGGUGGAAAGAGUCGAGUGGUUUCUGAGAAGAAAGCAAAGGCUUGGUGUGCAUCCAAGGGAAACAUUCCUUACUUCGAGACUUCGGCCAAAGAAGGAUUCAAUGUUGAUGCAACUUUCGAGUGCAUAGCCAAAAAUGCCCUCAAGAAUGAGCCUGAAGAACAAGUGUACCUUCCGGACACCAUUGAUGUAGCUGGCGCUCGGCAACAAAGAUCAACUGGAUGUGAAUGCUAACCAACUUUGUUGCAAGGAUUAUUAGAAAGAGCAUGUUUUAAAAGAGACCUUUUUAAUUAGUUUCUUUGACAUUAUCGUGAUGUGUAUCAAUUAGCAUAAGCACCUUUGUUUCUUUCUGCAAUUGUAUUUCCAUCUCAUCGAUUCCAUAAUUAAAAACAAAUUUUUGGUCA